AUGCAGCUUGGGAGUCUCGAGAAGAGACAGAGAGAGGGUUGGUUUGUUCGCAGGCGCGGCCUUGCAGAAGCUUUUGAGAAAGAGAGUCAGAAUCAGGAUGCACAAAAUUGGGUUGAGGUUGAAAAAGAACAUUCUGGACAUGUAUUCACAUCACAAAUGAGCUACGAAGCCGUACCAUGCAUGUUUCGAAGCUCCGCUCAAAAUGGCAACGGUGAAACGCAGUACCUCGGUUUACUUAUUCGACCAUCGGCUAACCAACAAAACCUUCCUGGUGCUUCUUCUGCCACAGUCGUAGGUAGAACGACAACCGGCCAGUCAAUUGGAGCAGUAACACCUGGAUCGGCAGCUGGCAAACCGCCACAGCCGCUUCUUGUUCAAGGAGUUUACCCUCAGGGCGCACCCAUCGUUGUUCAAGGUGAAACACCGAAGGUUCUUGUACCAGCUAAGGUUCAAGUUCGACUUCAACAUGGCGGCGAUGCUUCGGUAGCUAUUUCUCCAACAGCUUUGCCAACCACAACGCUCCCGAUGACGACGUCGACGAUAGCAUGGCCUCAAACUGCUCCAGUGAAGCCUGCCUUUGCUGCACCCGUUCACAACGCUCUCUCUAGCCCAUGUAACUCGCAGUCACGAAGCCUGUCCGUCUGCUCAGCUUCACCUCAACUCGACUCUUCCCCCAUGUCACCAUUGCAAAAUGUUAUUCAUUAUCACAAUCAUGGAACUCCAUCCACCAGACCAGGCCUGCAGGCUGAUCCUCGAUCUAUGCGUGUUGCUGCUGCUGGUUUGUGGACUGCACCAGUCAGCGACUCGUCAACAACUCCAGACUCUGGAAUCCAGUCAGUACCAGCAUCACCACCGAAUAGUCAUCCAUUAACGCCACCCACACAGAUGCAACUAGAAGGAUGCGACUCAGUUUGUGAGGAGCGUUGUGACAACGACGAAGAUUUUGCGGAUAUGCCACGCCUAUUACCUGCUGAUCAGGAAGAACCACAAUGCAGCAACAGUUCUUUCUCCGUACGUGAAGAUGUUGCGUCAGCUCAUGGAUCUGAGUGCGAGACAGCGCCUACGCCUUCGAUCUCAAUCACAACGACUAUGGACACUAAGGAAAUCGUGGAACAGCUGAUUAUGCUUGAUCCGCAAAAGGCAAAUGUCAUAGCAAAUCUUAUAAAACGGCGUCAAUCAAAUAAUAAGAGGAGAAGCGGCCAUAAACAGGAGAAUGCCACGAAACGAUGUCGUCCUGCCAGCGCCGCAAGUGAGGAUGCUAAGAAAAGCGAAGAGGAGCCAACUGGAACAACGCGGGUGACAACGAGAAGUACCUCUCGGGCGUCUUCCCUAAAAGACGGGCGCAACUCGAAUUUAAAUGUGACCAAGCUGGAAGUUCCAUCUAUGUGCAAAAACGAGUCCAAAGAUGUUACCUCCCAAGAAAUCCCCUCUAUCCCAUGUGUACAACAUUCUACUCUGCCUCCGUCGUCUGAGGAAAGAAGAUGUGGCAUAAACUCAUCUCCAAAUGAGUUUGAGGUACGGAAGUUGUAUCGAGAAGCAGUGAAGAGGAUGCUGCAGGAGAAAGUGACUUUAUUGUUGGAGUCGACUGUUGUUGACCUACAGAGUCUUCAUAUUGGUCUUCGUGAACGACACGAUCGAAGAAAUAGCAGAGAAAGUAAGAACAUGUGGGCUAUAAACUGGGAACAGGUGAAGAAGAGAAGAAGGAAAGAAGAAGAUCGUAAAAGAACAAGCGAACGAAGUGGAAAGAAAAAUGAGGUGGCUCCAAGGCGGCAGGAGAGAGGGCAGCCUAAAUAUGAACAUCGAGAGGAGAAAUUUGGCGAUAUCUUGUUGCAUCCACUUGAGAAAACAACUGAGAAGCGUGGAAGAAAGAGGAGGAACGACAGCUUGGAGACCGAAAAGGGAAGGGAGAGAGAAGAAACGAGAACUCGAUCCGUUCAUUCGACUCCUGUGAAAAAAACGUCAUGUUGCGAAAUACCGAGUAAUCCUAAGAAAGAAAAGGAUUACGAAGAAAUUAUCCGAAGUGUUGCCAUCGGAUCCAUUCCUGAGUGGGAGUCGCCGGUGUUAUCUUGCGGUUGCACACGUGGUGCAUGUACUUCGGAUUCAGAAUGUGUAAACCGUGCUCUAUGUGUGCAGUGUCCGCCAGGAUGUGCUGCUCCGUUGUGUGCGAAUAAGAAAUUCUGGAAGGAUGAUGCGCUAAAAUCCUUGGUAGUGGGCGGGGGAAAGACGCGCAAGAUUCUGCGCACUAAGCAGUCAAGGCGUGCGGGAGACUUUCUGGGAGAAUUUGCUGGAGAAGUUGUCCGUUUCGAGGAUGCUCUAAAGCGUUGGGAAACGAGCUCUAAGACCGAUACGCCACCAGUGAUCCUCUGCUUGACCUCACGUCUUUUUGUUGACGCCACAUUGCGUGGCAACGUAACACGAUACGUGCGCCACUCGUGUAAUCCGAACGCGAGGCUGGAAGUAUGGUCAGUCAACGGCAAAUAUCGCGGAGGCUUGUUUGCACUUGGCGAUAUAGCUUCAGGAGCAGAAAUCACUAUAGAUAUGAACGGGCUUUUGCCAGCGAGUCGAAGUUGCCACUGUGGGGCUACAGACUGCCGGAAGAGGAUAGUUAUGUCGCGAAAUGCUCCAAUCGCUUCCGCUAGCGACCUCUCUAUAAACGAAGAACAUGUUGUGCGCAAAGGCCAAGUGUUUCUCAUUCGGAACAGACAGCACUGCAUUGUUCGUGCGGUUUCGUCAGGUCUUAAUGGGUCAUUUGAAACAUCGACAUCACCAGCUGAUGGGUUGCGUAAGAUUCUCAGGGGGAUUGUCUACAGAGUGCGUCGUACUGACGGUCAUCUUCCGAGAAAGGCAUCAGCAGGUUACCAUCGUGUUAGGAAAGUACUGCACAACGUCGAAAAACGGCAGAUGAGCAGAACGGAAAUUGUUGCUGUUUUUGAUGCGGAAAUGGUCAGAUGGCUUGAUGAGCUCGCCGAUGACGAUCUUGAGAGAGCUUAUGCGGCACUACGAGGAAGAUAUUUUUUCGACGGCGGAAAGUUUGAGAAAGACGAGAAGCCGAAGAGAGAUAGAAGGAAAGAGAGUCGGCUAGUUAACCAAGAUACGAACUUGGAGUAUAUCGAUUCAGCUUUUAGAGUUGGUGGCUAUGAUCCGGAUUCCGUAUGGCCUGAAGGGAAAGCAAACGAAAAGGAUGAUGCGGUACGGUGCGUUUGUGGUUCAUUAGAAGAGGAUGGAGAAAUGACAUUGUGUGACACAUGCAACUUCUGGUUGCACAGUGAAUGCCUUCAAGAUGUUGAUCAGGAUAAUGAGUAUACAUGCCAUUUCUGCCGUGGUACCACAUCUAGAAGUCGUCCAUGUAGUGAUGUUAUACUAGCUAAGCAGCCUGAUAUUCGAUUACACAGCUGCAAUUAUUACAAGGCGCUUGUCAAUAACCGCUCGAUACAAGUUCGACUGAAUGAAACGGUACACGUCAAAAGAUCAGUAGGUGAUGAUCACAAGAAAAUCUUGAAGAAAUUGAUGGAUUUGAGCGAGAAGAAAAAGAAAGAUGAAGAAGUGAACUUUGAAGACAUUCCACCUGCGAACUCUCAACCGCUAGGGCAGGAAACUUUUCAUCGUAAAGAUUUGCGCGUGUUUCGUGUGGAACGUCUAUUUACGGCCCCUGGUGGACAUCGUUUUGUGUUCGGUUUUUACUACGCUCGACCACAUGAAACGUUCUGUGAUUCACAGAGGAUUUUUCAUAGAAACGAGGUGUUUUCCACCCCUUUGUACGACACACUUCCACUGGAUGCCGUUGUUGGAAGGUGUGUUGUACUGGAUCCGUCUGUGUGGUGCAUAGGAAGACCGACAGUGCCAGAAUUUAAGGAAGCCGAUAUCUACGUAUGCGAAUAUCAAAUCGAUCGAAAUCAACGCAGCUUCGAAAAGAUCCCCGCCAAGAACAGAUAUCCCAUCAAUACGCAACCAUAUGUAUUUCGAAAGUUCGAGGAGCCAAUCACUAUCAAGAGAGAUUUUACGCCUUUCAUUGUUGAUUCGUCCAAUUCUGUAUCGAAAUCACCAACUAAACAGGAUAGAGAUCCAUCGGAUGCUAUGAAUACUGAACGUUUCAAGUCUCGAAAUCUUGCUGCAAUAAUGGAAAAGCUUGCUGAACUACGGAAUAAAACGAUCAAAAAGGAGGAAGAAAAGAAAGAAAAACGCCACAGAAAAAGCGGCCCAAAAUGA